AAUCAUAAUAGAUCGCCAUUUUGGAUAGAACAGUUCCAGAGAGAUAGGCACAAAGCUGAGAAUCCACCGCCAUCCUCCAUAAUUUCUGACGCUUUGUCAUAAGGCGUCAUGAGUGGGGGGAUUCCAUAUCUCGGCAGUAAAAUAAGCCUCAUUUCGAAGGCAGGAAUUCGUUAUGAGGGCAUUUUAUACACUAUUGAUCCAAAUGAGUCGACAGUUGCAUUAGCGAAAGUGAGAUCAUUUGGAACAGAGGACAGGCCAACAGAUCGUCCUGUGGCUCCGCGUGAUGAGAUAUUUGAAUAUAUCAUAUUUAGAGGCAGUGACAUCAAAGACCUUCAUGUCUGUGAGCCCCCAAAAGCACAACCUUUGCAAGCAUCUAUGCCACCGCAAGAUCCUGCCAUAGUUAAGUCCUCCCAGCCAACCUCAUCGGGGUUUCAACAGCAGAGUGGUGGCGGUGGUGGUUUUGGAGGAUCCAGCUACCAACCAUUUGGUGGUCCCCAGUUAUAUAGUCAGUAUGGUCAAGCACCAGGAACAGCUCCCCAGCCUUUUGGAGCUAUCCCAAAUCAGUCAGGUUCACGAGGUCCAUCUCCCAGUUUUAACCGUGCUUCUCCUACGGUGGAUCAGAGUAUUCAAGUGGGUUCUCAACAAGCUAUACGACGCCCUGAAAAGCAUGAGUUGGAAGACCAUGACAGUUUUGGUCUUGACUUAGAAGGAUCAAGAGGUCCAACUCCUCCAAGUGUUCAGUCCAGUCGCAAAUCUCCAACCCUUGAUCAGGGCACUCAGAUGAGUCCAGAGAAAUCACAGAAAAAUUCACACCAGCACAGUUCACAAAAUGCACAGAGCAGCAGUCAGCAUCCAAUGGGUGAUAGGUCACGGAAACACCAACAACAACGGCCUCAGUCCUCCAACACAUACUCCAGGGGAGGAAGGGGAGGAUUUGAGAGGGGUGGCCCAAGGGGUGGAAGAGGAGCACCUCCAGAUAAACAUGCAUAUUUUGGAGGACCACCAAGGGGAAAUGCCUCACAAAGGGGACCCAACAGGGGUUUCCAGAGGGGACAGUCAUCACGAGGCAGGUAUCAGUCAAAUAGGAAAGUGGAAUCUCCCCUCAAAUUUGAGGGCGAGUUUGACUUUGAAGAGGCAAAUGCUCAGUUUGAUAAGGAUGAGAUUGAGAGGGAAUUAAAGGAGAAAUUAACAAUAGGUGAAAAGAAGGAUGAGAAGUCCGUCAAUGGGGACAAGGAAGAUAGUGUGGAAAAUGGAGAGGAUGAGGUUCCCGAAGAAGAGGAUGAGAUGUAUUAUGAUAAGAACAAAUCUUUUUUUGACAACAUUAGUUGUGAAGCAACAGAGCGUGCCAAAGGAAAGUCAACCCGCCCAAGUUGGAGAGAAGAACGCAAGUUAAAUGUUGAGACAUUUGGUAUGUCAGAUAAUCCUCGUCGUAACUUUAGAGGAAGAGGAAGGGGAUACUAUGGAGGGUUCAGAGGGAACAGAGGAGGAGGUGGUGGGUUCAGAAAUGACGGAUAUCGGUCUGAUAACUAUCGAGGCAAUUACAACAGAGGAUUCCGGGGAGGUUAUCGACCACCAUCUGGUAGGGGUGGAUCUGGUGGUGGCGGUGGUGGACGAAAUCAAGGAUGGGUGGACUACGAUUAUGAUUAUGAAGCAGCGGGUAUAGAGAGAAGAGGAAACAGUUACAAAAAAGCAGCAGCACAGUCAUAGAGAAAAUUGAAAAUAUGGGUAGAGUGUGAGAAGUAGGGGUCACAAGAAGGCAGCUGACAACAAUUAGACAUUGGAUAAGGACAGACUUGUGGAAGAUGGUGUUUUCAUGUACUGUCAAUUUUGUGAAUUUCCAAAGAGAAUCCCCUUUUGAAAACUUUGUGAUAUUUU